CGGCGGCGGGCGGGGACGGCCCGGGAGGCGGAGGGGGCGCCCGGGGGCUCGCGUCCCUGCUCAGUGCCGUUCCCUGCCUGUCGUGUCACACCGAGGCGCCCGCCAUGAGCGCGCUGCCCCCGCUAGCCUCGACGCUGCCGCCUCCGCCCGAGACCCCCGAGGAGGCGGCGGGGGCGGCGGCGCUGGCGGACAAGCAGUCGGGCGCCGAGGACAGCUCCGGCAGCAGCCCGGACAUCUUAAAGGGCUGGCUUUUCAAGUGGACCAACUACCUGAAGGGCUACCAACGCCGCUGGUUCGUGCUCAGCAACGGCCUCCUCUCUUACUACAGAAAUCAGGGGGAGAUGGCUUACAACUGUCGUGCAACCAUCAACUUGUCCACAGCUCAUUUUGACCGUGAGGAUUCCUGUAAUAUUUGGCUCUCCUAUGGGGGCAGGACCUAUCACCUAAAGGCCGGAUCAGAAGUGGAGAGGCAGCAGUGGCUGGGUGCUUUGGAACUGGCGAGGGCCAAGGCUGUCCGCAUGAUGAGCACCCUGUCAGGAAAUCGGGAAUUGCAGUCAGUGCUCACAGGAGAUGACUCUGGUGAUGAGGAGGUCCCCAACCAUUCUGACAAGAGUGACCUGCAGAACACCUUAAGCAUUCUUUUGGGCAAGUUGGAUGACCUAAGCAUAUGCAAUGACCUUAUCUCAAAACAUGGAGCAGCUCUCCAGAGGUCGCUGAAUGAGCUGGAGAGCCUGAAAAUACCUGUCGAAAGUGGGGAGAAGCUAAAAGCAGUUAGUGAGCGGGCCACCCUAUUUCGGAUCACCUCCAAUGCUAUGAUCAAUGCUUGUCGGGACUUCUUGGAACUAGCAGAAAUACACAGUCGGAAAUGGCAAAGAGCCCUACAAUAUGAGCAGGAGCAAAGGGUCCGCCUGGAAGAGACCAUCGAACAGUUAGCCAAACAGCAUAACAGCCUGGAACGCGCCUGCCGCGGGGCCCCCGCCAAUCCCCAGUCUGACAACCUCACCCAGGGUCCUGGGGACACCAAGAAAGACACAAGCCCAGUCCCUGUCCUCGGGGGGCUCUCGGGCUGGUGGCGGAGACGAGCACACACAAGACACAGACGAAUUUUCGGAAAGGCCUCCUGCAGGCGGGCAGGGGCCACAGGGGAGAUCAGUGACGAAGAUGAGGAUACAGAGUAUUUUGACGCCAUGGAAGAUUCGUCUUUCAUCACAGUAAUCACAGACCCAAAAGAAAACAGAUCUGCUGAAGGUGGGAAUGAGGAGAGCCCAGUGGAUGAGUGGAAUUCUGAGGACCAUGUGUUUGGGAACGUCUCGCGCAAAGUGGGCAUCCCACCCAAAGUCAAGAGGAGGACACGCAUCCCUGACAAACCUAACUAUAACAUUAACCUCUGGAGCAUAAUGAAGAACUGUAUCGGCAAAGAGCUGUCCAAGAUCCCCAUGCCUGUGAAUUUUAAUGAGCCCCUGUCCAUGCUCCAGCGACUGACGGAGGACCUGGAGUACCACGAACUGCUGGACAAGGCCGUCAAGUGCGAGAACUCCACGGAGCAGAUGUGCUUUGUGGCCGCCUUCUCAGUGUCUUCCUACUCCACCACCGUCAACCGCAUAGCUAAGCCAUUCAAUCCCAUGCUGGGAGAGACUUAUGAGCUGGACCAGAUGGAAGAAAUGGGCUUCCGUUCCCUCUGUGAGCAGGUGAGCCACCACCCUCCUGCAGCUGCCCACCAUGUAUUCUCCAAAAAUGGCUGGACCCUGUGGCAGGAAAUCACCAUCUCCAGCAAGUUCCGGGGCAAAUAUCUCUCCAUUAUGCCACUAGGUGACAUUCACCUCGAAUUCCAUGCUAGCGGAAAUCAUUACAUCUGGCGGAAAAGUACCUCUACUGUGCACAAUAUCAUUGUGGGCAAGCUCUGGAUUGAUCAGACAGGAGACAUAGAGAUAAUUAACCAUAAGACAAAGGAUAAGUGUCUACUGAAGUUUACACCCUACAGCUACUUCUCAAAAGACUACACCCGAAAGGUGACCGGGGUGGUGACAGACAGCAAAGAGAAGGCCCAUUAUGUCCUGUCGGGCUCGUGGGAUGAGAAGAUGGAGUGCGCCAAGAUCAUCCAGAGCAGCCACAGCAGCCCCAGCACAGAGGGCAAACAGAAGAUGGUCUACCAGACCCUGCCGGCCAAGAUCUUGUGGAAGAAGUACCCUCUGCCGGAGAACGCCGAGAACAUGUAUUACUUCUCGGAGCUGGCCUUGAUCCUGAACGAGCCCGAAGAGGGCGUGGCCCCCACGGACAGCCGGUGGCGGCCGGACCAGCGCCUCAUGGAGAACGGCCAGUGGGACGAGGCCAAUGCCGAGAAACAGCGGCUGGAGGAGAAGCAGAGGAUGAUCCGCCGGAAGCGCCUCGAGUCCAGUGGCCAAGAGCCGCUGGAUGAAGGGAAGGACGAGCUAUACAAGCCCCUGUGGUUCGAGAAGAAGCUGGACCCCUUCACUGGGGUGGAGGCCUAUGUCUACAAGGGAGGCUACUGGGAGGCGAAGGAGCAGCAGAACUGGGCCAUGUGCCCGGACAUCUUCUGAGCCGCGGCUCGGGCCCGCCCCUCUGCCGGUGGCCGGGAGCGGGCCGGGACAUAGAAACCCCAACCUACACACGAAACGCAAAUACAACCCACGAGCAGACCAGGGAUUCAAACGUAUUUUUUUAUGCACUAAUGAAAAUCGCAUAUUGGAUCUCCCUUCCUUUUUUCCCCUUCUUCCUUUUUUUUUUUUUUUUUUUUGGCUGACCGUGACUCUUGUUUUGUGGGAGCAGUUAGUCACUCAGUCAAGCCGGGAGGACAGGCAGCUCCCCCGACCUUUUAGCGCAGUGGACGUCCUGGCCUCCCGGGCUGACUGAGGCGCAGCCUUGGGAGACACUCAGGAGAGAGGUGGGGAGAGAGGAGGGCCCGGGGCCUCCGUGAGGACCGGGGUCCCCGGGGCCGUGCUUAGCCUCCCCUUUAGCCCCGAGGCCUUCUCCGGGGGGGGGCAGGGGCAUCUGGGGAUCUGAGGAUGAGAAGCCUUGGGAGCACCUCAGCCCCCCCACCCGAGGCUCGCUCACUCAGGGCUCCCUAGGAAACCCUUUUUUUGGACUUUGUUUGUUUGAUUUUUAAACUGUUGAUCUCCAUUUCUUUCCAGCCGUGAUGUUUAGUAAAUAUUUUUAGUACAGCACUUAUCA